AUGGCAGGCAUUCCGGGAGCGGGCAAAAGCACUUAUGUAAAAGCUUCCAUUCAAAACGGACAGUUUCCGCCGGAUGCCUUUAUACUCAACCCCGACCUUGUGAUGGAAGCCUUGCCGGGUUACCAGGAAGACUACCUUGUACAUGGUGCCGUUGCCGCAUUCAGCCGCUGGGAAAUACCGGCACGCGCAUUGGCUGAUGACCUGUUAGAAACCGCUAUCAGCCUGCAUCUGGAUAUCAUCCUAGAUAUGGGUGCUGCCCGUAAAGAAAACUAUGAAUUGAUACGGCGACUCAAGGAAGUUGAAGGCUACUAUGUGCAAAUGUACUGGUUACACAUCCCUAUAGAAACCGCAUUGGCACGUAUCGCCAGCAGGGACCGGUUUACACCGGAAUCAAUGGUUCAUGAGCGCGCCGCUGCGCUCGCGUUACUUAGGCCGGCAUACGAACAACUCGCAGAUACCAUUACUGAUAUUCACCUACACCAAUAA